AUGACUCCUGUCAAUACAACAAUGAGUUUUCAUUCUAACCACCCAGUAUACACCGGGGUUUGCGUCACAUUUGCUGUUCUCAUCAUGUGUGUUUCGGUCGUAGGGAACUUCUUGGUAAUCGCAACCUUCCUCAAAACUGAACGUCUUAGGACACCUACAUAUUAUAUUCUCUCCAGUUUAGCCGCUACAGACUUUUUAAACGGUUUGAUCGCAAUCCCGUUGGAAGUCUAUCGGAGAGUUGCAUUUUCUGACAUAACAUGUCUUGAAAUGUACUCAAGGUAUUUUUCAGCAUUCAGCUAUCUUUUUGGUUGCAAUAAUCUAUUUCAUAUUGUUAUGGUAACAUGUGAUCGAUAUAUCGCCGUUCACCGACCUCUCCGAUACCAAACACUCGUCACCACGAAGCGAAUCGCAAUCGGGAUACUCAUCGGUUGGUUGAUAAGUAUCGUUGGGUUUAUGCUUCACCUAGUCAGCAAAUUAGAAGAAAGUCCAACUACCGCUACAAUCUACUGCUCUGGGACUACUUUCCAGUAUGAUCUUGGCAGUAGAAUGUGGUUUUUCCUUGUGACGACAGCGAUCAUCGUAUCGGUAUCAACCUUACUUGUCCUCAACAUGCUGAUUCUGCGAACGGCUAUGCGACAUGCGCGUCGAAUAGCCGAUAUGGAGCAGGCUUUCGGCAGAGCACAAGACGAUAUUACCGCUUCUCGUGUUAAGGCAUCACAGAAAGUUACCUUCAUCACUCUUGCCUUUUUUCUUGCUUGUAUCCCAAUGAGUGUGUUUCAUAUAAUUGUGGUUUUCGAUACUGAGGGUCAUCUGUACUCUCGUCCAUUUGAUGACGUCACAAUGUUCAUGUUUUUCUGCGGAUCGGCUGUAAAUCCAAUUAUAUACUGCUAUCACAAUCGUACAUUCCGUGAAAAUGCCCUGAAGCAUUUCAAGACCAAAACUGUUUGGAGAAAACUUUGUUCCACAGAAUCUACCUUUGCUUAA